AUGAACAUAAGGAGUAAGAAUCACAGAGAGGUGGAGAAACUCCAGUUAACGUCUCAACACAACGUUGAGGUGGAGAAAUCAGAUAAGAAAAGUUUUAAAUACAGGGAGGGGGAGCUUUCAGAGCAAACUACAAAGGAAAAGCAGAGGCCGUCUACUAUGGCUGGGCAAGUAUCCAAGAGCUCAGCACAGCGACUCAGCCGAGACCUGACCUGUUCUAUCUGCCUGGACCUCUUCAAGCAGCCUGUCUCCCUGCCCUGCGACCAUACCUUCUGCCAGGUAUGCAUAGCUGGCUACUGGGCGGGCCCCAGAGGCCAGGUCCAGGGGGGGUCUGGAUCCUGUCCCCAGUGCAGAAAGGUGUUCCCUGGCCAGAGCUACCGGCCCAACCGCAUCGUGGCCAACAUAGUGGAAAGCUACUGCCAGGGCCUGGAGGAGAGCGGGGGGCUGCUGGGGGACGUGGGGGUAACAGAGAGGACCCCUGCCCCUGCUCCUGCCCCACGCUGUGGGCGGCACCGAGAGGAGCUGAAGCUCUACUGUGAGGACGACCAGGAGCUGGUAUGUCUGGUGUGUGGACUCUCUCAGGAGCACAGGAACCACACCAUGGUGUGUGUCCAGGAGGCACAGCAGAGAUACAGGGUAAGUCCACAUUUUAAUUGACUUGUUUUGCCUUUUUACACUGUUAAAUUUCCCAAAGAAUGCUUGUAAAAAGCUUAGCUCAGGGCAAAAAAAUACAAUAAGCCAAAGGGUCACAGACGCAGGAGAAAUUGAGGACAGGAAAAAACAUUGAGGGGCCAUGAAUGGAGCAGCAGUAUUAUGCGUGGGAGGAAUUGAAGCAAAACAUUUUGGGGAUUAAAUAUGGCACAGAAAAACUUGAAGUGACUUGGCAUCAACAACUAAAAUGUCAAUGAUUUGUCACACCACUUCAGGUGUCACUUUAUUUCUGUACGACAAACCGCUCAUUAUCUUCCCCUCUUCGUCUGGCUUGAAGUUGCAUCCGGCUCUUUUCCUGUAACAUUGUUUUUGCCAGCCUCAUUCCCAGGGCAGAUUACUGUAUUUACUGUGUAUGAGCUCUGGUGUACUGUAGAGAACAGAAGGCUGAUGACGACUUACAGUAAUGCUGCUGCUUUGUUCUGGCUAUGCAGGCGUCUCUCAACAGCUCCAUGGACUCUCUGAAAGGGGAGUUGAACAUGGCCCUGCAGUGUGAGAGAGAGACUGAAGAAGAGGUCAACAAGCUCAAGGUAAGAAAAACUAUAGUAUCUCAUAUCUACACCUGGUAACAAUCUAUACAUCGCACUUAAACCUUGAUCUUCUCAAACUAGGAGCACACGGCGGACCUGAAGCAACGCAUCGAGGCCCAGUUCAGUGACCUGCACCAGUUCCUUUACCAGGAGGAGAAGCUGCUGCAGGUGAAGCUGAAGACAGUGGAGCGCAGGGAGCUGAUCAGGCUGGACGAACACAAAGCCCUGCUCUGUGUGGAGGUCUGCCGUCUGCAGAGGGCCCUGAACGAGAUCGAGGACAAGCUGAAGGAGCAGGACCCCUUUACACUGCUGCGGGUGAGAGACAGGACAGGGCUACUGUUUACCUACUGGAGAAUUCUUGAACGAUUACACUGAACAAGUUUAGGUCAGAUGUAUUUUUUUUGCAUGUGCUGUUUGAAAAAAAUAUGGAUGGGAGGACAAAUCUAGCUUGCACACCUCUGGACAUUUACAUCUGCUAUAAUAAUGCAGUAAGUAUCUAUUCUAGACAUCGCUGUAAGCAAUGGACCCCAGAGUGCAGGGAGGAACCCUUUAGGGUGGAGCACAGGCAGAAUGUGCGCCCAUGACCUCACUCCUGGUCGAUGGUGAGGAUAAGGAGAUUAUAGGGACAGGCUCAGACCCAGGGACUUUCCCCCAACUAUGGGGAGAUCCCAGAUGGAGGGAUAACGUCAGCUCAGACAUUGAUGUCAUAUGGAAAACUGCUUUUCCUCUUUUUAACCACUGCCAAAACUAAUGAUCACUCUCUCCCCUCUGUUUUUCCUGUCGUGUCCCAGAAUAUCAAGAUCCUGCUCCAGAGGUGAGAGCGUGGCGGGACGUGGGUUGUUUUAGCUUUCAACAUGUUAUUCCAUAAUGGGGUUUUCCUGUUUCUGAUAUGUCUUGUCUAAAGCUUGUGUUGUCUUUGGCAGGCCGUCUCCGAAGUUUGAGAAGCCUACUCUCACGGCUCCCAGUCUGUGUGAGGGCCGGUUCGCAGGGCCCCUGCAGUACCGAGUGUGGAAAUCACUGAAAGGAAGCAUCUACCCA